UUAUCGAACCUGCGUUUGAUUAGGGUUUACACUUCGGAACUCUGAAUUCUGAGCGGCAUGGGAAAGAAGGAGAAGUCGAAAGCCAAUGCAAGAGAGCACGAACAAGUCGGCGAAGCAACCGACAAUCUCGACGGCGCUUCCACGCCAUCACUCGUGUUCAGUAGCGAUGAUGAUGAUGACGAAGCCAAUCAAGAUCUGAGUCUCAGAAUCGUUGAAAAGGCCCUACGAGCGCGAGAGGCAAAGCUUGCAACAAACGACGCCGUUUUAAACGGCGUUGAUUCUUCUCUUGUUUCGCCAUCGCAGCAAUCUGAAUUCAAGGUGAUGCAAAGCGACGGCGUUUUGGAUGGGUCGAGUGGGAUCACUGCUUGGGAAAUGAUGGAAGAGAAGAAAACGACGAAGCUAAUGGUGGACUCUGGGUUUUCAAGUGUUAUUGUAGCUGCAGAUCAAGAGGUGGAAGAGAUAAUCAAAACUACAGAGAACCGUGAGUCCGUGGAUCUGGAAGCAAGUUCGGGUCAGAUAGGCGACAAUGUGGUUCUGCGAAAGCUGCUUCGGGGUCCAAGAUAUUUUGACCCUCCAGAUAGUAGUUGGGGAGCAUGCUAUAAUUGUGGCGAGGAAGGUCAUGCUGCUGUAAACUGUACAGAAGCGAAGCGGAUGAAACCGUGCUAUGUAUGUGGUGGUUUGGGACACAUUGCAAAG